UUUUUUUUUUCUCUUUUUUUUUCCUUGUUUCUUUUUUUUUUUUUUUUUCUUUUCUUUCAUUCUGACACUCCCAUUGCGAGAUGCAGCAGCAAGCGGACGACGUCGAGGCCGAAAUCAGGCAGCUGCAGGCCAGCCGUCGCUCCAACAGCGCGACUGCGUAUGCGGACGACGACGGCAGCGAGGGCUACCUGAACGCAGGGACGACGACGACGGCAAAGUCGGGACAACGUCGCGGCAACGCUCAUCAGCAGCAGGGCCGCGGCCACUACGACCGCGAUGACGCUGAUCACGACGACGCUGAUCACGACGACGACGAUGCGGACGGCGACAACGGCGCGGGUGGACUCGUUGGUGGCGGCGAGCGCGCGAGGCAGCGCAGGCUCAAGCAGAUGGACAUUGACGUCGACGACGAGGAGAUUGGCUCUGCGGGCGACCCGACUGGCACGAUGGGCGCGCGACAGAGCCACCACACGCGGGCCAUGCAGGAGCUCGAGGCGGCGCACGCAGACCACGAUCCGUUCAAGGAGUUUCAGCGCAAAAAGCUCACCGAGACGGAAAGCGAGUACAGCGCACGGCGGCUCAACCGGAUGCUCUCCCCCGAGCGCGCAGAUCCGUUUGCUGCUGCUGUGGCUGCUGGCGCUAAAGGCGGAGCGGCGGCGGCGGCGGAUGGGUCGGGAGCAGCGACGGGACGAACGUACAAGCAGGCCAUGGAAGAGGCUGCCCUUCUGCGCGAAGAGGCCGAGCUCAAGCGCAAGAUCAAGGAGAAGCAAGACAAGGAGGCAGAGCAGCUGCAGCUGCAACAGCAGCAGGGCAUUGCGGCGGCACCCAUCGCAGCGCCUCGCAAGCGUCGCUGGGACCAGACUGCCAGCGACGUCCCUUCCACCGCUUCUGCUGCAGCAGCAACAGCAACAGCUGCCACGGACGAUGAUGCACCUGCAGCGAAACGCCCUGCACCAGCCCAGUCCGAGUGGGACGCCGAUGACGCCACCGUCAGCAGCAGCAUCCGUGCCCGCACUGCCGCUGCCGACUCUGGCGCGCCGUCGUCGGCCAGUCGCUGGGACGAAACCCCGCGCGCAGACUCAGCAGCCUCGACUGGCGGAGCGACUGGUGGAGCGACAGCUCGCCGCUCGCGUUGGGACGAGACGCCCGCAGCAGACCGCUCUGGCGCGGCGGCCGAAACGCCGCGCUCGCGCCGUUCCCGCUGGGAUGAGACGCCCGUUCACACCGGAGGAGGCCCUGGUGGUUUUGGUGCCGAGACCCCCGUGGGUGCUGCAGCAUACGGCGCCGCCACUCCGCUGGUUGGCGGCUUGGCCGGCAAGCUGGGCUUUGGCGCCGCGGCUCCCGGCCCGUCUUCCCGUCUCGACAUGGAGCUGAACGAGCGCAAUCGCUUUAUGAGCGACGACGAUCUUGACGCCAUUCUGCCAAAGGACGGGUACCGCAUCAUCAACCCGCCGGCCAGCUACGUGCCCAUCCGCACCCCUUCGCGCAAGCUUCAAGCCACUCCCGUGGGUGAGCACGGCGGCGCGCAGGCAGGCUUCUUUUUGCAAGAAGAGCAGCGCGGCAACCACCACGGUAUCGAGGCCAUUCAGCCACCGGGCGGCUUGCCUGCGCUCCGUCCCGAGGACAAGCAGCACUUUGCCAAGCUCAUGACCGAGGUCGACGAAGAUGCCCUCUCUGUCGAGGAGCUCAAGGAGCGGCGCAUCAUGAAGCUCUUGCUCAAAAUCAAGAACGGCACCCCGCCCGUCCGCAAGGUUGCCCUUCGCCAAAUCACCGACAAGGCCCGCGAGCUUGGCGCUGGCCCGCUCUUCAACCAAAUCCUUCCCCUGCUGAUGUCGCCGUUGGACGAGCAGGAGCGCCAUUUGCUCGUCAAGGUCAUUGACAGAAUUCUCUACAAGCUCGACGAGCUGGUUCGGCCGUAUGUGCACAAGAUUCUGGUGGUUAUUGCCCCGCUGCUGAUUGACGAGUCGUACUUUGCGCGCUCGGAAGGCCGCGAGAUUGUUGCCAACCUCGCCAAGGCUGCCGGCCUGCCGACCAUGAUCUCCGUCAUGCGCCCGGACAUUGACAACCCAGACGAGUACGUGCGGAACACGACCGCGCGCGCCUUUGCGGUGGUGGCCUCGGCUCUCGGCAUCCAGUCGCUCGUGCCAUUCCUCAAGGCUGUCUGCAAGAGCAAAAAGUCUUGGCAGGCGCGGCACACUGGCAUCAAGGUUGUCCAGCAAAUCGCCAUUCUGAUUGGCUGCGCAGUGCUGCCCCAUCUCAAGUCCCUUGUGGACAUUAUCGAGGAGGGCCUCAAGGACACUGAGCAAAAGGUGCGAACCAUCACUGCGCUUGCCAUUGCCGCCCUUGCCGAGGCCGCGACUCCGUACGGCAUCGAGUCGUUUGACUCUGUUCUCAAGCCGCUCUGGAAGGGCAUCAAGCACCACUCUGGCAAGGGUCUGGCCGCCUUCCUCAAGGCCAUUGGCCACAUCAUUCCGCUGAUGGACGCCGAGUACGCCAACUUUUACACCCGCGACGUGAUGGUCGUGUUGAUCCACGAGUUUGCGUCGCCCGACCCGGAAAUGAAGCUGAUUGUCCUCAAGGUCGUCAAGCAGUGCUGCUCGACGGACGGCGUCGAGCCCGCCUACAUUCGCGACGAAGUCCUGCCAGAGUUUUUCCGCCACUUUUGGGUGAGCAGAAUGGCUGCCGAACCCCGCAACUACCGGGCUGUCGUCGAAACCACCGUCGAGCUCGCAAGCAGGGUUGGCGUCUCUGACAUUGUGCGUCGCAUUGUGGACGACUUGAAGCACGAAAACGAGUUUUACCGCCGCAUGGUCAUGCAGACCAUCGAGAAGAUUAUCACCAACCUCGGUGCGGCCGACAUUGACUCAGACCUCGAGGUGCGCCUGAUGGACGGCGUCAUGCACGCCUUCCAGGAGCAGCAGCAAGAGGACCACGCCAUUCUCUCUGGCUUUGGUGUCGUAUGCAAUGCCCUUGGCCAGCGCACCAAGCCCUACUUGGCCCAGAUCUGCGGUAUCAUUUUGUGGCGCCUCAACAACAAGACGGCGCGCAUUCGCCAACAGGCUGCCGACCUCAUCUCGCGCACAGCCUCCGUCAUGAAAGCGUGCGACGAGGACGCGCAGCUCAAGCGCCUGGGCACGGUGCUCUACGAGUAUCUCGGCGAGGAGUAUCCCGAUGUCCUCGCCUCCAUCAUUAAUGCUCUGAAGGCGAUUGCUUCCGUGCUUGGCAUGCAGGACAUGAGCCCGCCCAUCAAGGACUUGCUUCCCCGCAUCACGCCCAUCCUUCGCAACCGUCACGAGCGUGUGGCCGAGGCCAUCAUCGACCUCGUCGGUCGUAUUGCCGAUCAUGGACCCGAGUUUGUUUCUGCUCGCGAGUGGAUGCGCAUUGCCUUCUUGCUGCUCGAGCUGCUCAAGGCGCCCCGAAGGUCCAUCCGCCGCGCUGCUGUCAAUACCUUUGGCUACAUUGCCAAGGCCAUUGGCCCUCACGACGUGCUGACGACGCUGCUCAACAAUCUCAAAGUCCAAGAGCGACAGCUGCGUGUCUGCACGACCGUGGCGAUCGCCAUUGUUGCCGAAACCUGCGCGCCAUACACUAUUUUGCCUGCGCUCAUGAACGAGUACCGUGUGCCCGAACUCAACGUUCAGAACGGUGUGCUCAAGUCACUGUCCUUCCUUUUCGAGUACAUUGGCGAAAUGGGCGUGGAUUACGUGUACGCCGUCACACCUCUGCUCGAGGAUGCACUGAUGGACCGCGACAUGGUUCACCGGCAAACCGCUUGCUCUGUCGUCAAGCAUCUUUCGCUUGGCGUGUAUGGCUUUGGCUGCGAGGACGCGCUCACUCAUUUGCUCAACUAUGUCUGGCCAAACAUUUUCGAGACCUCGCCGCACGUGAUUAACGCCGUCGUUGACGCCAUCGACGGCUGCCGCGUUGCGCUUGGUCCCUGCCGCAUUCUUCAGUACGUUCUCCAAGGCAUGUUCCACCCCGCCCGCCGUGUUCGCGACAUUUAUUGGAAGGUGUACAACAACGCCUACAUUGGUGCGCAGGAUGCCUUGGUGGCCCAUUACCCUCGCAUUCCCAACGACGAGCGCAAUACCUACGCGCGACCGGAGCUGGACUACCUGUUCUAAGCCGCGACGUUGCUUGAUGUUUGGUUGUUGUUCUUUGCUCUUCUUCCUUUUUCUGGUUGUGUCAUCUGUGUUGCACCUUUUGUCUCUGUUCUUCUUCUCUGCCACUGUGGCCAUCCACCACACGAUUUGGCGAAAAAUAAAGAAGUAAAACCAAACAAACAAA